AAGCAGCUAGACAAGUAAAUUAAAUGCGUGCUACAGUGCCAAGUACUCGUAGAGUACCCCCAAUUCCCCGGAGAUAAAUACAAUCAAAAAUUCAAAGCCCAAAAAAUUCCCACCUCUCCCCUGGCUGCCCAUACACAAUGAUGUUUCGCAAAACACCAACAGCCGGUGUAACCCGGUCACUCCUCCUUCCGAAUUCCUGGCGGACCUUCUCUAGCGGAUUGCCCCCCUUCCGGUCACCUGCCCUCGCACAGAAACCCCCAUUGGGCCUCUCGCGCGCGUCGACACCCCACUCAUUGAUAGCACGCAUUCAACCGUUCACAAGCCUUUCUCCAAGAUGGAAGCAAGCGCCAAAAACCAACAAGGUGAAGUCAGAGGCGGCCAAGCUAGAGGCGGGAUUUAAGAAAGCGCGGGAGAAGAAACUCGAGGCGCACCCCGAAGAGGUUACCACGACCAGCUCAAUGACCCCCAUUUUCGGAGGUCAGAAGAAGGCACCGCCUGGGGGGGACCCCCCGGGCGAGACGGACAUGCUUAGGGGGUUGAAGUCGGAUUUUGUAUCUCCCCUGCCAUUGCUCCUACUGGGUAGAGGGAAAUGUUGAUUGCGUGGUGUAGCAUAUUAUUAAAGAAACUUUCGCGCUAAGGGAAGUCCCCAAGGAAGUUUAUUACAUUGGGCUUGGGGGCACGUUCCCGUACGCGGGGAUAUCGGUGUCGACUCUGUACUUGGCUUGGGAUAUCAACUAUGCGCAUCAUAAUGGGAUUGGGUACCUGGUCAGUCCGGAAACGGCUGAGCUGGUAUUGAAUUUUGCGGAGCCGCUGCAGGUUGGGCUUGGCGCUGUUAUUUUGUCAUUCUUGGGAGCCGUGCAUUGGGGGUUGGAGAUGGCGGAGUAUGGGGGUAAGCACGGAUACCGGAGGUAUGCGUUGAGCAUCCUUGCGCCGGCGCUGGCGUGGCCAACAGUAUGUUUUGCCUCAAUAAGCCUUAUUUGAGGGAUGGUUUGGACUCAUGUGGUACCGUUAGGCAUUGCUACCGUUCGACUAUGCACUAAUUACCCAGUUUAUCGGGUUCACGGGCAUGUAUUUCGCAGAUUCAACGGCGACCGGGUGGGGGUGGGCCCCACCAUGGUAUAUGACAUACAGGUUUAUUUUGACCUUUAUUGUCGGUGCAUCGAUUGUCGGCACCUUGAUAGGUCGAGGACAGGUAUCCACCCAUACCCACAUCCCAUCAGGUCCUUGUUAAUUACCCCGGGCCUUCCAGAUCGGAGACGAGGUCAGCAAAGUGCCCGGCCCAGCAAGCUACCUCCAAAAUCUUCGUGACUCGCAAUGGGAGAACCUCCAGAAGGAAGAAGACGAGCGCCGAAGAAAAUUAAGGAAACAGGAGGCCGAAGAGAAGAACAAAAAAGUUGCAAAGUCGAAGCCGAAAGAUGAGGAUAACGACGGGAGUACAGAAGACAAACAAGCAGCUGAUGCAGGAAACCACGCGAAAGACAGUCAACAAGGAGAGGGCACCUCCGGAGCCAAAGAAGAAAGCGGCGGCGCAGGGCCCGAGUCCACUAAGCACAAUGAGGAAAAGAAGGAUACCAUGAACCCGGCACCGGAGAGCGGGCAGGAUGCGGAGCCGAGGGGGUGAAUAAUAUUAUGAUACAUGUAUUUUUUUAUUAUUUUUAUUUUGCGAUGUUUAUUCUUAACCAGGGGAGAAUGAAUUGGCUGUACUGUAUUAUAAGGCAAUGGAUAUGCGUCGAGCGAACGCGGGGGGGAGAGAUUAAUUGAACAAUUUGCAAACUCCGAAAGAGAAUCGGAGCGAGUGAUAUGUUGUGAAAUUG